UCAGUAGGGAAGUAGUGGGCGUUCCUCCGCGUUCGUUCGCUGACUGUUGAUGCUGAGAAGAUUUUUCUCCUCCACGACCAGCUCUCCUGAUGUUUCUUCCAACUCUUGUGGAGGACAUGCAUCAUUUUAAGCCUAGUCGAGACAGAUUGUACACCACCAGGUGUUGUGGAUGUUGCCAUGUCAGGACGGGGACCAUCAUCCUGGGAACAUGGUAUAUGGUAGUCAACCUGCUGAUGGGCAUCCUGCUAACUGUAGCUGUGACCCACCCAGAGAACGUGCCCACUAUUGACUUGCAGUAUGAGGUCAUCGACCAUUACUUUGCCUCUGACAGGAUGUCUGAGAAUGCCUGUGUUGGAUUUGCCAUCUCUCUGCUGAUGCUCACUAUCAGUGCUAUGAUGGUGUACGGAGCCAUUACUCAUCGUGACGGCUGGCUCAUCCCGUUUUUCUGCUACCAGCUGUUUGACUUCGCGCUGAGCUGCCUGGUGGCCAUCAGUUCUCUCACCUACCUACCCAGGAUUAAGGACUACCUGGACCAGCUGCCGGAUUUCCCGUACAAGGACAACCUCCUCUCUCUGGACUCCAGCUGCCUGCUGCUCUUUGUGCUGGUCUUCUUCGCCUUCCUCAUCAUCCUCAAGGCUUACUUGAUCAACUGUGUGUGGAACUGCUACAAGUACAUCAACAACAGGAACAUGCCAGAGAUUGCUGUCUACCCUGCCUUUGAGACCCCUCCCCAGUACAUCCUGCCCACCUACGAGAUGGCGAUGAAGAUGCCAGAGAAGGAGCCACCUCCCCCUUACAUGCCAGCUUAAAGCAGCAGCUCUAACACACACGUGUGCGCACACACACACACACACACAAACAAACACACCACCACCAUAUGCAUUCCUACCUUCUCUCACUGACCCUUUCUGAACAUCCUUGCCCCCCCCCCCCCCCCACCCCACUGUGUAUGUGUAAGGCCACUGAACAUAUUGUUCAACCCAACCCUCUGUAAUUCUAUAGAGCAUCCUGGAGGUGUGAGAGGAGAACGUUGGGAAAGACUGAAAUCUGAAUGAAUGUGACGUUUGAAAAGCAACAGAAGCUACCAGCCCCCCCACCCCGCCGGCCUUUUUUAUGUCUUAGUAAAAGGGAUACAUGUGAAAAUUAAAUAGCUUUGAAAUGCUAUCAUCAAUCCAGCACCAUCCUAUCUAUAGAUUGAUAUAUGAAGUGUAAAAAAGUUCUGACAAUCCACUUAUUAUAGCUCUUAUUGUUGAUUUGUGUCCCCCUCCUCCCCCAGUUAUUAAGACCUAGACUAUUCCAGCUCAGUCUUGAAUGGGCUCUGUAGCACUUUUUUGUCUGUUAUUUAUUUAGCUUUGCCGUGGUUCAGUUCACCACCACCCCAGACAUUUUCAGCACUGUCUGCCACCCUGACGUGUGAGCAAAGCUAGUGAGUAGUUUCCCAGCAGAGACUGAGAGACAGCAGAGGCCGCCGACGGAUCAUUUUUCUCUGCGUCUUUUCACCUGACAUCUGGAGCAAACGGCUAGUCUUGUGAACAUUAGUAGUUGCAUGCUUAUCAACAGCACCCCCACCCCCCCGCCUCUCAUUACUUUACUGGUAUUAUGAUUUUAUCCUAGUGGAAAAAAUAUUUGUUUGACUUCAAUAAACGUUUCUGAACAUUUA